AAAUGUUCUCCGUUCAUCGGGUGUACCUUGAAUAUUAAGUCACUUUUUGCUCUAUAAGAAAAUGCUGCCACAAUAAUACCAACCAUUCCAAAUUGUAGUCCAACAAAUAUGAUUAGAUGAAGCAGGCCUCAUAGAUCCGCUCCUCUUCCGGUUUGCCGAGCUGCCAUCAAUCCGAGCAUAUUGUCAGCAAGUAACCCCAACAUCAAGAUGCAUCCUCAGGGGCCAAGAAUUCCCAAAUUAAAAGGCUAUCGUGAGGGUCCCAGCAGCAGACGAUUCGCCGGCAAUUCUGACAACAGCGAUUCCUCAGUGUGUACAUCUAUUGCACCACUGAAUAGUCAGCGCUUUAUGUAUUUGUCUGAGGCGAACGUGAACAAAAUCCGCGACGAUAUAAUUCGGCUCCAGACGAUCAUCGUGAGCCAAGAGAUCCGCAUUUGCGACUUGGAGAAGAAGUACAAGGCAAUUAGUAAUGGGAAUAACACCGUACUUGUACGGGGUUCCUCGGCUGUAGCUGAUCCCACUAGCAAUACGAGAUUUAGGACCAAUGCUUCUCCGUCUAGUUCUCGUGCAGCAAAACAUCGGCAAAGUAAUGAGAAUGACACCGUACUUGUACGUGGCCCGUCGGCAGUAGCUGAUCCCACUAGCAAUACGAGGUUUAGGACCAAUGAUUCUCCGUCUAGAUCUCGUGCAAUAAAACAUCGCCAAAGUAAUGAGAAUGACUCCGUACUUGAACGUGGCUCCUCGGCUGUGGCUGAUCCCACUAGCAAAACGAGAUUUAGGAUCAAUGCUUCUCCGUCUAGUUCGCGUGUAGCAAAACAUCGCUCAAGCCGACAUAUCUAGUAACGCAAAAAAAAAGGAAGAAAGUGGAGAAAAAUAUCUAAACUAAUAUUCCCAUUCACCAUCUAAAGAAAGUCGAUUGUCGGCUGUUAAUAUUGCCAAUAAGUCGCAUAAAAGUCUACCACCAAAGGUUGAAGGCUUUUUAAUGUCCUGCUCAUUCGAUCGAUAGACACUACACGGAUUGUGCGCUUGAGGCCACGAGAGGGAAGGAACAUUUGCCAAAAACUAAAAUGCAGCAUCCACUAAUAUUUCAGACAGAAAGAGCAGCAGGAGCUGGAAGAGGAGAGGCACCAUAGUCAGAUUAAGUCUGUAGCCACGCAGCCACCGUCAAUAGUGCAGAUAAGGCCAUGGGAACCAGUCGCCUCGCCUCAUCAGUAUGAAUAUCAAUACCGGGAAUUCAUUCCUUUAUUGGAAACAAAUUUACGCGGCUAUUGGCAUUAUGCAGCCACUAACCAGACGAUCGAUCGUUUUGGGGAAAACGCGUGCUGAACUGUCAGGAAAACCCCCACAGGCACCCGAACCAUUGAGUCUUGUGGAAAAUUAAAAUUAAUGCGGCUUAGUGGCGAUAAGGCAACUCAGUAAGCGAUUCCAUCGAUAUGCAAUCAAUCAUAAGAUUUGGAAUCUCCCAACGAAAAUAUAACCAAGAGAUACAAAAUCGAGCUAUAAAAGACACCCGGCGCGAUCAUAAACCAUUCACAGUUCAUUCACCAACCGAGUCAGCAAUCGAAAUGGCUUCCCAACUCUUCCUUGUUGCCCUCCUGGGCAUCGCCCUGGUCAGCGCUACACCAGUCCCCCAGCAGGCUGCCAGUGCUAACUUCAGCUCGGCCAUGACCCGGUACAUACAGGCCUUCAAGAGUAUCAUGCCCUGCGGCUACGCCCCCGACAUUCCCGUGCUUGCUCCCAUUGUCAAUCCCUUCUACGCCUUCGACUGCUCCAGCGACGACUACAAUCUGAAGGGCAAUGUGAGCCACAUCCGGAUCGAGGGCCUCAACAACUUCCAGAUACUGAGCGCCAGCGAUUAUGGCACCACUGGCAGCUUACGACGUUAUCUUCCCCAAGAUCCAGAUUCUGGGCUCUUCCGAGGUCGAGGGUUUCAUCAACAUUGCCGGAGUCCCUCUGCCCAUCCGUCAGCGCGAUCUGAUCAAUGAGGCCUUUGUGGAUCUGCGCUUAGUGGGAAGCUACUCUUUACCAACAGCCUGACCAAUUCCUCGGGUCUGCGCAUCGUCGACUUCAGACUGGCCAUCUACUUGGCCGACAUUAAGCUGGACAACUGGAACACUCUGUGGAACAUCUCCACCAACAACUUAGCGAACAGCUGGGGUAAGAAGCUCCUGUACUUCGGCCUGCAGGAGAUCCAGCCAAAAAUCACCGACUCCUUGUACCAGAACCUGCUCGUCCCGAAAAUCAAUAAGAUGCUCGCCAACGUCAGUAUGGAGGAAUUGGUUAACUACUUCCAGUCGCAGGCACAGCUCUGGGAGAAUGCCCAUUGCCAGGCCUAGUGCUAGAUGACUCUCCAUGUUUCAAUCAUUAAAAUAUAGAUAAUAGCAAAGCAGCAA